AUGAACCAAAAUAAUGUGAAUAACUAUUUGGAAAUAAAUUCCAUGAGAUUAACAUCACCGUCAUGUGAAGAACUUGGAAUUCCUUUCGAUUCCGAAGACGAACUUUAUCCAAUGCCGUGCAGAACUAGCGUUGUUAUCAAAAAUCCCUCGUUACAUUUCGAAGGAUUAAAAUACGAUAUCACCCAGUAUUCUCCAGUUUGCAUGAUACCGUUACCCGAUUCCUUAGCCAUGGAACCCAAUUUUAUCCGACGUAGAAACGAGCGAGAAAGAGACCGCGUACGCUGUGUGAAUGAAGGAUACGAAAGAUUAAAGGAGCAUUUACCACUAGAAAAUAAAGAAAAAAGAAUUAGUAAAGUGGAAACAUUAAGAUCAGCCAUACAAUAUAUUCGACAUUUACAAUCUUUAUUGAAAACAGACGACAGUGAGCAGAAGUUUUAUCAUAAUGCUAGCAGAUCAAGAAAACGUAAAAGUGACGAUUUUUCUGAAUUCGAAUUUGACAGAGAUAGUCCGUCAAAGCAGAAGAAAUGA